AUCGGUUGUCCUUUGCACGACCGUAACAAGACCGCCCCUUCCAACAUACACACACACACACUCACUCCCUCACUCUCAUACAUCUAUUGGGUUUCUUCCAAAUGUUGGCGUCUACUUUAGCUCAUUGAAUCGUCUUUCAACCCUUCUUCCCUCGCUCCCUUUCGGUCCCUCGAUUCUACGAAUGGUCCAACGGCGUUUGACUCGUUGGACGCCGGUUGGAAAGCAAAUACUGGCUGGAAAUUCCCUCCUCUCCUCUCCCCUCCCAUGGUAGCGAAGGGGCCAUGGAUGUCCUAAAGCGAAGAAAGAAGGCCUCUCGAUGUGGCCCAUAAUCACUAGAAUGUCGCCGUGGUAGUAGAAGUCGUGGUCUUUCGCAGACGGCCGCCUUCGAAUCCAAUCUUUACCAGGCGACCUAUUCAGUUAUUCCCACUUGGCCAAGAAAAGAGUGCGUGGAACACGCGAGUGUGAGCCAAUCAUCAUGGUUUGGGUCAUUUCGUCCGUUGGCCAUAUCGAAGGGAUCCCUCCGAGCUCGAUCUUUCUUCAUCAGUACGCACUUUGAGAUCAUCCGGGGUCGUUUUCGGAGGACUGCUGUGAGUGAUUCGACUUGGGUAAUCGGGGAUUUCGGAUGGCCAACUCAAGAUGAUGGUGCAAUGGGAACCGGAGAAGUGUUCCAAUGUCGAAGACUCCGAUUUGGGCUGAAUAUAACAUCAGAAUGGUCAUCGGAUUUGUUUGUAGGGGGCCCGCUUCCAUUUAAUCCUUGGUGCUAAAAUAAGGAUAUCCUCCUCGAGAUUCCAUCACCACCCUCGCAUUUACACUUAGCCCAACCCUUCUUUGUCUUCGUGGAUGCUCAUUAGUUUCCUGCGUGUUGUACUUCUUGCUCUUGAUGCCGAUAACGAUGAAACCAAUCACUAACCAGAGUUCAGAGUACUCAUGACUCCAAGUGAAAUCCAACCCUAUUCAAGUGAUUGCUUGCGUGCUCAUCAAUCAACUUUCUUCAUCAGCUCCCAUUUUGUUCCGAACCAAGGAACGACAAAGACGACAACGUCGACAACGUCGCUGUCGACCCCGCCAUUUUUGUGUUCACUGCUCAGCUGUCACUCUGCCAUUCAAUUGAACUGCCCAGAAAAUCUCCCCUUCAACCAUCACCGCCAUCACCACUUUCAAUCUCAUCGUUUGGAUCAAUAUCAAAGUGGACUCUGUUCCAACGAGACGAGGAACCACUCCAAUGUCUCUGCCAAUGGUCGUCCUGAAAUCUCAAACAGACGUCAACCAACUCUAUUCCUACUGCCAGACUCAGUCCGUGCUCGAUGUCCUUGACCCACCCACAGGGUCACAACGGGUGGUAGGCGUGGUCCCACCCGCUCCAUUUCAAAGCUCAUCCUUGGCACGCCCACUUCGCAUCUGUUGCAAUAAGCCAUGCCGUAUGUGCUCGUCCGAGAGAGCUAUGUUCAGGGCAGCUGUACGGUUGAUGGUCUCCCGCUGAACGAAUUCCGGGUCUUAGCUGAGAAAUCUACGACAUCACCUGAAUGGAGAGAUGAGAAGAAUCGCCGUGUGGAGUUUGCCACGCCCACUUUCAAUGUCCUCAAUGCUCUUGAACAAAUGGGCUACAAAGUGGUGACCUCAGGUGCAUUCGUGACCGGGCACAAUAAGUUUGAUCAGAGAGAAUUCGUGUGGACGUUGCAUCGCUCUAGCACUGAGAUGGAAUGCCAGUAGAUGGUU